GAACCUGUUGGAGGUGAGCCUUAUUCCUGUUUGCUCUCCUCCCCACGGACAACAUGGCGAACUGAACACACAGCACCUGCGCUUCUUUACGUAGCACUUUUUUCUUUUCUUUUUCUUUUUUUAGCCUAUGCGUACGCUUCCUAAUCAAACCCGAAUAGAUUAGAUUUGCGGCGUGUGUUCUGAUCUUGGACCAGCGUAUCGAUGAAACCCUUAGCGGAACCAUGUAGCGAGCAUCAAAAGAAAAGCCCUGGGGAGAUGAUGGCGAGUGAAGCUGUACCUGUUGGAAACACCGGAGAGGGUCAAACCCAGACAAAUGGGUUUUCUGUGCCUCAUACUGUGAGCAAUCCUGUUUCACAGAUCCAGCAUGCAAACUUGUCCUUGCCUGUCCAACAGCCACCGGCCAACCUUUCCAGAGGGCAGUGGGGUGGCAAAUACGAGUUUCUGCUCUCUUGCAUUGGCUACUGCGUUGGCCUCGGAAACGUUUGGAGAUUUCCUUACCUGUGUUACCGGAAUGGUGGAGGUGUUUUUCUCAUCCCUUACUUCAUCAUGUUGUUCUUCACGGGCAUGCCACUCUUUCUCAUGGAGCUCAGUCUGGGUCAGUACGGAGCUGCAGGCCCCAUCACGGUGUGGAAGUGCUGCCCGUUGCUCAAAGGAAUUGGUAUCGGCAUGCUGUGUGUGUCCACAUUGGUGUGUCUCUACUACAAUGUCAUCAUCGCUUGGACAUUUUAUUACCUGGGAAGUUCUUUCCAGAGCCCUCUGCCAUGGUCUUGUAAUGCUAUUGCUAAUGCUGCGCUGUGUAGUAACAACACCAAUGUCACACAUUCCCUCAGUGCAUCUGAGGUCUUCUGGAAUGAACGUGUCCUGGGCGUGGUCAACAGUAAGGGCUUGGAUGACCCUGGUCCCGUUAGGUGGCAACUUGCUCUAUGUUUGCUGGCUGCCUGGGUCAUCAUUUUCCUCUGCAUGCUGAAGGGCAUUCACAGCUCUGGCAAGGUGGUGUAUGUGACAGCCACGUUCCCCUACUUUGUGCUAAUUGUGCUGAUCAUCAGAGGGGCCACGUUAGAGGGCUCACUCCAGGGUGUAGCUUUUUAUCUGACUCCAGUCUGGGAGCGGCUGGCGAACGCACAGGUAUGGAAUGAUGCAGCCUCACAGAUCUUCUACUCACUGGGCAUUGGAGUAGGAGGCCUUCUUUCUAUGGCUUCCUACAAUAAAUUUGACAAUAAUGUGAUCAGGGACACACUUGUCAUCACCAUAGGCAACUGUGCCACCAGCUUCUUUGCAGGCUUUGCUAUUUUUUCCAUUCUGGGUCACAUGGCUUGGAGGAAGGGCGUUCCUGUGGAAAAGGUGGCAGAUUCAGGUCCAGGCUUGGCGUUUGUAGCAUAUCCAGAAGCCCUUGCUCUUUUGCCUGGUUCUGUUUUCUGGUCCAUUCUGUUUUUUCUCAUGCUCUUCAUGCUAGGAGUGGACACACUGUUUGGUAAUAUGGAAGGCAUUACCACAGCAGUACUGGACGAGUUUCCUCAGCUCAGAAGCAACAUGAAGCAGAAGACCAUUUUCUUGGCGCUGCUCUGCUUUAGCUUCUACCUGUUGGGCCUGUUACUGGUCACUGAUGGAGGGAUUUACUGGUUCACCCUCAUAGACUCAUUCAGCACCAGUUUUGGUCUCAUCAUCAUCACUCUGUUCAUGUGUCUGGGCAUCUCAUUCUUCUAUGGUGUGAACCAGUUUUGCCAGGACAUAGUGGACAUGAUCUGUCCCUGCCCGCCCUGGUGUAGCAAACUGCUGCUCUAUUUCAAAGCCUGCUGGGUAUUCUGUACACCUUUCCUGUUACUGUUUAUCCUGACCUAUAUCUUCAUUGAGAUGUACAGAUCAUCCCUGCAUUAUGGGUUGUACCAGUACCCCAUGUGGGGCAAAGGGCUGGGGGUGUGUAUGGGUGUCAUAUGCUGCCUGCAGAUCCCCAUCUGGGCCUUUGUGGCUGUCUGGAAGGAGUCUGGCACCUUGAUGGAGCGCUUUCAGAAAGCCAUCCGGCCGCUGAACUCCUGGCGAGACAACAACCAGAGCAACGGCACUCAUGCACAUAUUGCAGAGCCUGAGAGAGUGGAGGGACCCUACACGGUCAACCUGACUGACUUGGACUUCACUGCGAUGGCCUGGGACACCAGUGAAGCGUAACACUGCGCCUGUAGGAGGAGGCCGAACUGCACCUUUUGGUUAAAGGAUGAUUGUUGAAGCUGUACUUAAGGACAACUGAGAAAGCUCACACUGUGUGGGCACCAAAAAUAUGUACCUAAACUAGAAUGCACUGUAUGUAGUUCAGUGCAUUGGCAGUGCCUGUUUCCUUAAAGGAAUUUGAUAAAAACUGGACAUGGGUUUUGUUUUUAGUGACAGUUACCAAAAACGUUGUGGAAAUUGCACGUUUGUUCAUACUUUCAACCACAGUCACUGUCCAGAAACCAGUAAGCGCUUCCCCAAUGGGGAGUUGUUUUAUAAUGACUAAUGAUGCAGGUUUUAGUUUCUUUUCUAUUCAAGGGGCAAUGUUUUUGUAAUUAUAAUGUUUUAUAGAGUUGUUUUUAUAAUAUUUUAUGAUGAUAUUAUGGUGGGCUUCCUAGUAGCUUAAACCUGCUGUUGAGAACUGAGUUAGAAUCCCACCAUUAGGUCUGGAUUCUAAGCAAGAAUAAUUGUCCCUGUUGUGUGGAAGGGAUCGAGCAUUGGGGAACAUUACUCUAUGUUCACACUAACAAGAUGCUUGUGUCUUUUGUAGUUUGUCUCUUGUAAUGACCAUCUUUAGAUUUGGAUUUUAUUAUUAUUUUUUUUGCUCCAAUGGCAAACUGUAAUAGACAAUAAAUUAAUAGACUCCAGCCAAAUAUAUGAUAUAAUCUUCUUA